AUGCUUUACACUGUUAUCAACCUCCUAGCACAGAUCUACUGCAAUGGGCCGAUUCUUCAAACCGUUCAAGAUUCUCACAUGUUUCCAGAUUCGAAACAUUUCGUCGAUAUGUCACUUAAAUAUGAUCCAAUCACAACACUGCGGCACUUUGACGAGCUCGGCGAUCGAACAUCCGAUAUGAUUAUUCUCCGAGAAUUCGUGACUUCUCACUUCAAUCCACCUGGAAGUGAGCUUGUCGAGUGGUUUCCCGAUGAUUGGGUGGAUUUUCCAUCGAAUUUUUUGAAUAUUCAUGAUUAUCAUCAUCGGCGAUGGGCGUUGCAUUUGCAUCGCAUUUGGAAGGAUUUGUGUAGAAAAGUCCGAGACGACGUAAAACAUCGACAAGACCACUAUUCCCUGCUAUACGUUCCUCAUCCAUUUAUUAUUCCUGGCGGGCGGUUUUUAGAAUUUUAUUAUUGGGACACAUUCUGGAUAUUAAAAGGACUAUUAUUCUCGGAAAUGUAUGAAACUGCUCGGGGAGUCAUCAAGAAUUUAGGAUAUAUGGUUGAUAAUCAUGGCUUCGUGCCGAACGGUGGUCGUGUCUACUACCUCACUCGUUCCCAACCGCCUCUUCUCACCCCAAUGGUCUACGAAUACUACAUGAGUACCGGAGAUCUCGACUUUGUCAUGGAAAUCCUGCCGACUCUUGACAAAGAAUACGAAUUCUGGAUCAAAAAUCGACAGGAAUGGUUUACAGACAAGGACGGCGUCAAACAAUUCCCCUAUUAUCAAUAUAAAGCGCAAUUGAAAGUGCCACGUCCGGAAUCUUAUCGAGAGGAUUCAGAACUCGCGGAGCAUUUGCAGACGGAUGCAGAGAAGAUUCGAAUGUGGAGUGAGAUUGCGUCGGCUGCCGAGACUGGUUGGGAUUUCUCGACGAGAUGGUUCUCACAGAAUGGAGAUAAUUUGCAUCGGAUGGAUUCUAUUAGAACCUGGAGUAUCGUCCCUGCCGAUUUGAACGCCUUCAUGUGUGCCAACGCACGAAUCCUCGCAAGUCUCUAUGAAAUCGCUGGAAAUUUCAAAAAAGUAAAAGUGUUCGAGCAGAGAUACACGUGGGCGAAGAAAGAGAUGCGAGAGUUGCAUUGGAAUGAGACUGAUGGCAUUUGGUAUGACUAUGAUAUCGAGUUAAAGACCCAUUCGAAUCAAUAUUAUGUGUCGAAUGCAGUUCCAUUAUAUGCCAAAUGCUAUGAUGAGGAUGAUGAGGUUCCCCAUCGAGUUCAUGAUUAUUUAGAGCGCCAAGGAGUCCUAAAAUUCAAGAAAGGCCUCCCCACUUCUCUCGCUAUGAGCAGUUCCCAGCAGUGGGACAAGGAGAACGCGUGGCCCCCAAUGAUCCAUAUGGUUAUCGAAGGUUUCCGUACAACUGGAGACCUGAAAUUAAUGAAAGUCGCUGAGAAAAUGGCGACUUCAUGGUUAACUGGAACAUAUCAAUCGUUUAUCAGAACUCAUGCAAUGUUUGAGAAGUACAAUGUGACGCCGCACACGGAGGAGACUUCUGGUGGAGGUGGUGGAGAGUAUGAAGUUCAGACUGGUUUCGGAUGGACGAACGGUGUCAUUUUGGACCUCCUCGACAAAUAUGGAGAUCAAUUCGCUUCCAGUUCCGCCCCAUCCUCUAAAUUCACUUUUUCUUUGUCAAAUAUCACUUUUGUAGCUGUCAUGGGAAUUACCGGAUUAUGGAAGAUUAUAGAGCCAACUGCGACAGAAAUUCCAUUGGAAUGCCUGGAAGGAAAGAAAUUGGCAAUUGACGUCUCCAUCUGGAUCUAUCAAGCCCAACUCUCUUAUCCAUCCGAUCAGCCAUUUCCCCAUCUUCGUCUCCUCGUAAAUCGUCUUUCGAAACUUCUUUUCUAUAAAAUCCGCCCAGUUUUUGUGUUCGAUGGCCCCCAAGUGCCUGCUUUAAAACGACAAGUUCUUGAGGCUCGUCGUCAAAAGAAACAGGACGAUGACGAUAUUCUGAAGAAUCCGAAAAAAAUGGGGAAAUUGAAGGAAAUUGCGGGUGGGAAGCUGGAUAACGAAGCGUUGGAAAAAGCUAUAAAAGAAGUGAUCAGUCCGUCGAAAAAAGUGAUUUUAAAUGAUGUUUAUAAAGAUAUUCCAUCGACGAGUACUGAUUUGAAUCGGCCUGAAACACAUCAGAAUGAUCAGUUGGUUUAUGGAGACAUAGAUGAGGAUUCAGACGAGGAUUCAGAUGUGAUUAUUGAUGAACCUGAAGUCGAAAAAGAGGAAAUUUUGAAGGAGGAAAUCAAACCAUUUUCAUCGAGAAAAGUGGAGAUUCGAAGUCUGGUGGAGAAGAGAGAAGUGAUGAGGAAUAGCAGAUUGAGACCCGAUAUGAUCCCCCAAGAUUCCAAGAGUUUCAGCAAUUUUCAAAUGCAGCGACUGCUCCAACGUGGUCGAUUAAAUGCACAGAUUGAACAGCUUGCCAAAUCCACGACCACCACCCCCGGUGUCUACUCUUCUGACAAAAUCAACGUCACCGGACCAGACGGAACAUCUCAUGUCUUGAAAUACGCGCAUUCCGAUGAAAUUCAAGAAGUUCGUCCCGAAUUGACACGAGAAUUCGAUAAUUUAUAUCAAGCCCCGCCUCUCGAAAUGACUUUAGACUUUUUUAAUGUCGAAUACGGAGGGAAGAAGCUGAGUCGAGAAGUGACGCCAGAUGACGUUCGGGAGGAAAUUGUGGAGAGAAUUGAGGAGAGAUUAAUCGAUAAAGAGGAGAGAGGAUAUCAGAGUAAAUCGGGAAUGUUGGAAGCGAUUGCGAGAAAAAGAGUACGACAACAUUAUGGGACAGAGACGGUUGAAGAUAAGGAAGAAGAGAGGAGAAGGAGGAGAAUUGAGGAGGAAGAAGAUGAGUUGAUAGAGGUUUCCGACGAUGAGAUGGAUCUUCAGAAAAUGCUUUUGGAGUCCGCAUCGAAAAAUCUCGACGAAAAAAUGUCGAGUUUGAAGAAGCACCAAGAUGAAAUAGAAGAAGACUGGGACCCGCAGAGAAACGACGUUCCCUCAACUUCCACAGCAACUCAGAAUCUCAAUCUCAACGACGACUACAUUCAUCUGAAUUACGACGAUGACAAUGAGAAAACUCCGGAACUCUAUCGAGAUCUUCAAGAAUUCCUCACUAACGCUGGAAUUCCGUGGAUCGAAGCGCCCGGAGAAGCGGAAGCUCAAUGUGUGGAGCUGGAACGGCUCGGCCUUGUCGACGGAGUUGUCAGUGAUGAUAGUGAUGUGUGGGCGUUUGGUGUGAAACAUGUCUAUCGGCACAUGUUUGCGAAGAAUCGACGGGUUCAGAGAUAUGGGGAGAAGACGGCGGCGAAUCGAGAGAAUUGUCGGCUUUUUUGCCUCCAACGCGAAGAUUUCAUCUCAAUCGCACUCCUUUCUGGCGGAGAUUACAGUUCAGGACUUGUGAAAGUUGGAGCCAUCGGAGCACUCGAGCUGGUUUCAGAAUUUGUUGAAUGUCGAACGGAUCAGUUGGAAAAUUUGGAAUUAGUGGAGAAACGAAUUCUGAAACUUCUCGAAAAAGUGGGUCAUUUGUUUCUAACAUCUCCAGAUGAGAAGCGUAGUGUCAGUCGGAAGGCGAUGAUAUUAAGGAGGCAUGUAAUCGAGGCGAAUGAGAAGGAUUUGAUUGAAAAUGUGUGCUCCAAUCACGACGCUGUGCAUGCCUAUCUCCACCCACUCGUCGACGGGUCAUCUGAAAAAUUCCGAUGGCGUCAAAUGAAUAUUCCAUUGAUUCGCCAGAUUCUUCAUCAACGUCUCCAAUGGCCGGAUCGUUCUCAACAUCACGAAGAACAGAAUUCAUUCGACGCAUUCGGGAAAUGGAAUACAUUUCUUCAAGCCGGUGGGCGGAGUCAGAUGAGAUUGGAUCGAUUUUUUGCUCAAAAACUUGAUAGUUCUCUUGAGUUGAAAUGGUCGAAAAAGGUGGUGGAUGCAUUGGAAACGAUAAGAAAACGAGCGAUUGGAGUGGUUGAAGAGAAGAAAGAAGAAAAAGAGAUAGAAGUAGUGGAAGUGAAGAAAAGAAAGAAGGAAAAAGUGAUAGCUGCUGAACCGAAAGUGACACGUGGAAGAGGUCGAGGUAGAGGACGUGGUGGAAGAGGAAGAGGUGGAGCGAAGACAACGAAAGUUCAAAAAGAUCUGAAUCUAUCAGAAGAAAGCAGUUCUAAUGAUUCGUUUGAUGAGUUUUAA